AUGAAAUCUAUGAUAUGGUAUUUGUUGCUGCUAUCUGUAAUUUUAUGGAUUUCGAAAACUUCUGAUACUGUAUUAUUUGGUAAAAAACAUGAAUUACUUAUGAACGAUGUGCCAUGUUAUAUUUGUGCGGCAGAAUGGAAGUUGCAAAAUGGUAAUCGAAGAGUAGUAAUUGAAGAAGCUAAGCUUGCUGAAGACGAAGAUAAGUGCGAAGCAACAGUAGUUCGUGAAGUAGAGGAUACAUUGAAAAUGAUGGAACCAGAAUCGUGGCAGAAUACUGCUAUUAAUGGUUCUGCGUUAAAACGAGAUACAGAAAAGUUUCUGAAUGGAAACGAGAAUCCAUUAUCAAUGGAGCUGUUUCGGAAGAAGCUAGCUAUCCUAAAUUCACAAUGGAAAAAGUAUCGAAUGCAACAAGAUUUUAAUAAAUGGACAGCAUUACGACAUUGGCUUCGUUUACCAGCUCUGCGAUAUCGUUUACAGAUUCUGGAAAAAGAUUUGAAAAGUGAAAAACAAUCACGACGACUCCAGCGACUCUUACAUCGAGUACAGCAAAUACAGAAUAUUUUGCAAAUAGUUCGAAAAAAAUUACAGGAUGCUUAUGCCGUUUUCCAUCUUGAAGGAAAAUCGCCAUAUUCCGAAACAGCAUUACAAAAACGUUUUGCUGCAGCUAUAAAUCGUAAGGUAUUGCAAUCACGACGGCGAUAUUCUUUGCCAAAACAUAAGUUAUCAUCAAAUUAUCGGUCGAAAAUCUUCAAAUGUGGUCACUUGCAUUGA